AUGCUGCUGCUCCGGGUGCUGCUCCGGUACCGGCGGCCGCCGCUCCCCGUCCCCGCCGCAGGAUUCUUCACCAGCUCCGGAAGCAACGCCACCGCGCCUCCUCCUCAUCUUGGGGCGGAGGGGCCCCGCAACGAGCCAGGGCAGGAGGGCUCGCUGGCGCGGCGGGUGGAGCGGGCGGCGUCGGUUGGCGCGGCCAUGCGAGGCUGGAUGGCCGACGGCCGCGCCGUGCACCGCGGCCACGUAUUCCACGCCAUCAACCGCCUCCGACGACACCGUCUACACCGCACCGCCCUGCAGGUCAUGGAAUGGAUUGUGAGAGAGAGGCCCUACAAGCUGAGUGAGCUUGAUUACUUGUAUCUGCUGGAGUUCACAGCUAAAGUCCAUGGCAUUUCUGAAGCCGAAAGCCUCUUCCUUCGCGUGCCUCAGGAAUACCAGAAAGAGCUCCUCUACAACAACCUUGUCAUGGCUGCUUUGGAUCUGGAUCUCAUUAAGCAUUCAUACGCUUACAUGAGGAAGAUUAGAGAAUUGUCCCUGCCGAUCUCGACGUAUGUUUACAACCGCCUCAUCAUCCUUCACUCAUCACCCAAUCGCAGGAAAACUAUAUCCAAGAUCCUUUCUCAGAUGAAAGCUGACCGUGAAAAGGAGCUAAAGAGGACAUGGGAGAUCAUGCAAGACCUCCCUCAUAUUCGAUCAAAAAGCUUCACACUAGCAAUAGAAGCAUUUGGAAAGGUUGGUUCCAUUGAUCAGGCAGAGAAGAUAUGGGUCCAGAUAAAAUCAACAAAGAAGUUAAGCCUUACAGAACAGUUCAAUUCCAUUUUAUCAGUUUACUGUAGGCACGGUGUUGUGGAUAAAGCAUCAUCUAUAUUCAAGGAAAUGAGAGCAAACGGAUGCCAGCCUAAUGCUAUUACUUAUCGCCACUUAGCAUUGGGUUGCUUGAAAUCGGGUCUUGUUAAAGAAGCUUUGAACACAAUAGAUAUGGGAAAGAAGGAAGUUGUCACUAAAAAGGUGAGGAGUUCAACACCGUGGUUGGAGACCACACAUCUGUUGCUUGAGAACUUUGCAGAAAUUGGAGACUUGGAAAAUGCAAAGAGACUAUACAGUGAACUGAAUGAAUCAAAAUAUUCUCGGAAUUACUUUGUGUAUAACACUCUCCUGAAAGCUUAUGUGAAGGCAAAAGUUUAUGAGCCAGAUUUGUUGAGGACAAUGAUUUUGAGAGGGGCAAUGCCUGACGCUUUCUUAGACUGA